GGUCAUGCGCCUUUGGCAUCGACUGUAACAGCUUUAAAUAUCCCAACGCCGAAUUCCGCAAGAUGGGCCACAAACUUUUCCACGAAUUCAGUUUCAUGGACAAAAUCAAUCUCAUUCUUUCAGUUUCCGCCCCAAAUCUAGCCCUAAAACUGGUAGUAAGAAAUAUACAAAAAGAUGUAUCGCGUUUCUUUUUACGGAGCAUCCAAGAUACCGUUAACCACAGAGAGAAGAAUAACGUACGGAGAAACGAUUUACUACAGUUGCUGAUUGACAUGAAGAAUUCAAAUGUGCAGUUGACUAUCAACGAGCUGGUGGGACAUGUAUUUGCAUUCUUUGUUGCUGGUUUCGAAACUUCUUCAUCGACGACUACUAUGGCUCUUUUUGAGAUUAGUAAGAGUGAAGACGCCCAGAACAGAAUCCGAGAAGAAAUAAUGGAAACCUUGAAGAAAUAUGACAAUAAACUCACCUACAAGGCCAUAUCUGAAAUGAAAUACCUUGCACACGCUGUCGAUGAAACCCUCCGGAUUUGGUCCCCGGUAUCUACAAUAAAAAGAGUGUGUACAAAGGAUUACAUAUUCCAAAAUUCAAAUAUUACGGUUGAGAAAGGGACACCUGUACUGAUUCCAUCUUUGGGUUUGCAUCACGACCCGGAGUACUGGCCUGAUCCAGAGCGCUGGGAUCAUGACCGGUUCAACGAAGAUAACAAACAGAACAGACCAUUCACUUAUUUGCCAUUUGGAGAAGGUCCUAGAAAUUGUCUAGGUGACGAAAAGAGCAUUAAUCAAUAA